CUCUAUAAAUUUUUUGCUUCUCCGAUGCCAAAGCCUACGGCCACGAUUCACGAUUUCGUGAUCAGAAGCAAAGGUCCGGCUUGAGCUUCAUCAGAAACCAACCACUCUUCUCCGACAAACAUACACAGAAGCCAGGAAACGAUGGAAGAGUUGAAACCAAGGCCAGCAAAUUCAUCACCUCUAACCCCACUAGGCUUCUUGGAAAGAGCCGCUACUGUGUAUGGUGAUUGCCCUUCUAUUGUCUACAACACCACCACCUACACGUGGUCGCAGACCCACCGUCGAUGCCUCCAGGUGGCCUCGUCGAUCGCAUCGCUCGGCAUCAAGAGGGGCGAUGUUGUGUCCGUUAUGGCCCCCAACGUCCCCGCCAUGUACGAGCUCCACUUCGCCGUACCCAUGACCGGGGCCAUCCUUAACAACAUCAACGCGCGCCUCGACGCCCGCACCGUCUCCGUACUCCUGUGCCACAGCGAAUCGAAGCUCAUCUUCGUGGACCAUCUCUCUCGCUCUCUUGUCCUGGAAGCCCUCUCUUUGUUGCCACCCAAUACCCAACGCCCUCUGCUCGUCCUCAUCACCGAUCAUGACCAAGACUCCUCAUCAGCAGUUGAGUUUUGCUGCACCUACGAGAGCCUGGUGGAGAAAGGUGAUCCUGAGUUCAGGUGGGAACUUCCGAGCAGCGAGUGGGACCCGAUGGUGUUGAACUACACCUCCGGUACAACCUCUGCUCCGAAGGGGGUGGUUCACUGCCACAGGGGGAUCUUCAUCAUCACCGUAAACUCUCUCAUUGACUGGGGCGUCCGAGAGCGGCCGGUGUACUUGUGGACCCUACCAAUGUUCCACGCUAACGGGUGGAGCUACCCGUGGGGCAUAGCAGCCGUAGGUGGGACCAACAUCUGCCUCCGUAAAUUCGAUGGACCCACGAUCUUCAGCCUGAUAAAAGAACACGGUGUCACUCACAUGUGCGGAGCGCCUGUGGUGCUCAACAUGCUAACAAUCUCUCCCACAAACCAACCGCUCCAAAAUCCGGUUCAGAUCCUCACAGCCGGAGCUCCACCACCGGCCGCGGUGCUCUUUCGGACCGAGUCACUGGGUUUCGUGGUGAGUCACGGGUACGGGUUGACCGAAACGGCAGGACUGGUCGUGUCGUGCGCGUGGAAGCCACAGUGGAAUCGGUUGCCAGCGAGUGAGAGGGCCAGGCUGAAGGCCAGGCAAGGAGUGAAGGCUAUCGGUCUGACGGAAGUGGACGUGGUGGAUGCCGAGUCAGGAGCGAGUGUGAAACGAGAUGGGUCAACACUCGGUGAAAUUGUACUGAGGGGUGGGUCGGUGACGCUGGGUUAUUUCAAAGACCCCGAGGGGACGACCAAGUGCAUGAAAGAGAAUGGUUGGUUUUACACAGGGGACGUGGGAGUGAUGCACCCAGAUGGUUAUUUGGAGAUCAAAGAUCGAUCAAAGGACGUGAUCAUAAGCGGCGGAGAAAACUUGAGCAGUGUGGAAGUGGAGUCGGUUCUGUAUACGCAUCCGGCCGUUAACGAGGCGGCCGUGGUGGCUCGGCCUGAUGAGUUCUGGGGCGAGACGCCUUGUGCGUUUGUGAGCUUGAGGGAAGAGGGGUCGACUCGGAAUCCAACUGAGAAGGAGAUUAUGGAAUUUUGUAGGGCUAAGUUGCCGCACUACAUGGUGCCCAAGACGGUGGUCUUCAACGAUGAACUGCCCAAGACGUCCACUGGGAAGAUUCAGAAGUUUGUGCUCAGGGACAUUGCCAGAGCCAUGGGCUCGUCAAGGGCGAGUCGGAUGUAGAGUGAAUUGAAGGAGUUGAGUUGACUAGCCCGAGUUUAAUAAUUUGUUGAAAUUGUUGGCCACCGGUGAAGCUGGCUUCUUUUUUCUUUUUCUUUUUUUUUGGAAUUGAGUUACCAUGCAUGAUGGGUGGUUCGUCUUUGUCAAAAUGAGAAAGGCCAUACUAUAUAUCAAUAUAAUACGAUUAGCAUGUGCAUGUGCAUGUGAAUCAGUGAAUGUAUUGACAAAAGAGUAUACGUAAAUUUUUUUUAUGAGUCCAAUUGAAUUAUUGCA